UGCUUGAAAUCCGCCAUUAAUCGGAAGAGGAAGAAAUACGGAAAACGAAGAUGGCGGAGCGUGGCUACAGUUUCUCUUUGACUACGUUUAGCCCUUCAGGUAAACUAGUGCAGAUUGAAUAUGCACUAGCUGCUGUAGCUGCUGGAGCCCCCUCAGUCGGCAUUAAAGCUUCCAAUGGGGUGGUCCUGGCGACAGAAAAGAAACAGAAGUCUAUUCUCUAUGAUGAGCAGAGUGUUCACAAAGUGGAGCCCAUCACAAAGCACAUAGGCAUGGUUUAUAGUGGGAUGGGGCCUGACUACAGGGUUUUGGUCCGACGAGCAAGGAAGCUGGCACAACAGUACUUCCUUGUUUACCAAGAACCUAUUCCCACAGGCCAGCUUGUCCAGCGAGUGGCAUCUGUAAUGCAGGAGUACACACAGUCUGGUGGAGUGCGUCCAUUUGGGGUCUCUUUGUUGAUAGCUGGAUGGGAUGAAGACCAACCCUACCUGUUCCAGUCAGAUCCCUCAGGGGCAUAUUUUGCAUGGAAAGCCACAGCCAUGGGGAAGAACUAUGUAAAUGGAAAAACAUUCCUUGAAAAAAGGUAUAACAAUGACCUGGAAUUGGAAGAUGCCAUCCACACAGCCAUCCUAACAUUGAAGGAAAGUUUUGAAGGUCAGAUGACUGAGGAGAACAUUGAGGUUGGCAUCUGUAACGAGGCCGGGUUCAAGAGACUGACCCCAGCAGAAGUCAAAGACUACCUGGCAGCCAUCGCAUAGGCACCUAUGACAUGAGUCGACGUCGUUCGGAGUGAAACCGCAAGUCUUCACUGACAAGAUAUCUGACAUCCCUAGACUCAUGUUUGACAGAAACUGCAAGCUCUCAUCAGCAUUUGUGUAAUUCCUAACUAGCUAUCCAGUUGGAUGCUGGAGGUUAUCCCUCUUAAACAUAACGUUGCCUGAAAAGCAAUUUUGCAAAAUGUCCUUUUCCGUAUAGGAAGGAUACAGUUUGUAUUUUCCUCUUUUGUUAAUUACUCAUUGAAAUAAUAAUAAAAAACGUUAUGUUG